AUGUCCAGAAGGAAGCAGGCCAGGCCGAUUCGACUGCUGGAAGAUGAGGAUCCUGCUGCACCGGCUGCUAUUCCUGCUACCACAAAAAUUAAUGAUGGACCGUGUCUCAGUGCUACGAGUGCGCCUGAAGAACUUCUGCCCGAAGUGUUGAUGUGCCAACGCUGCCAGGAACAGUUCACCGAAGUUCAGGAAUACGUCACGCAUAAAGAGGAAUGCGAUAAAAAAGCGAUCAAGCACGACGAUCCCGCUCAUUCCGAUCCCGAAGAUAUGGUAGUGUCCGAGGAUGAUGAUGAAGAUGAAGAAACGGGAGCUGGUAAAAAAAUUGAAACGAUGCGACAUCGACAAGACGAAGCAAAUAACAACAGUAUAGAAGAAAAUGCGCCGGAUGAAACUACUCAGAACUUAGGAUUUCCGUUUCCUAUACCUGCAGCGCCCGGUCACGUAACUUUAGAAGCAUUGCAAAAUACCAAAGUCGCUGUAGCACAGUUUGCUGCUACAGCUUUAGCAAAUAACGCCGAUAACGAUGCGGCUUUACAAGAAUUUGCUGUAUUACAAUCAACCUUAUUAUCAUUACAACACCAGCAAGUAUUACAGCUUCAACUUAUCAAUCAAUUACAGCAACAGUUAUCUAUAGAUCGAACGCAAGAGGAGGAUGCUUCAGUUACUUCUCCAGUACCGUCAGAAAAUGAGAUGGAAAAUAUCAAAAGAGAAUCUCCUUCUGCGCCGCCUCCAUCUUUGCCUAUAAUUUCUCGUGAACCAACUCCAGCGUCUCUUCCACCUCCAAUCGUACCUCCUCUGCAACCUUCACCCGCAACUCAACCACCAAUACCAGAAGUAAGUGUUCCAUCAACGAUGCCUAUGCAAAUCCAAUGUUCAAUUUCUUCGUCGUUAGCAUCUACAAUAAUAACACACGACGAUCAUCCAAGAGAAGAGACAAAUAACUUGGAAAUGCUACAGAAAAGAGCGCAAGAAGUAUUAGAUAGUGCCAGUCAAGGUCUACUAGCUACUAACUUAGCUGAUGAACUCGCCUUUAGGAGAAGCAAAGGAUCAAUGUCCCCGUACGAUUCAAAAGGAAGAAAUGAACCGUUUUUUAAACAUCGUUGUAGAUAUUGUGGUAAAGUGUUUGGUUCGGAUUCAGCCCUUCAGAUACAUAUCCGUAGUCAUACUGGCGAACGCCCUUAUAAGUGUAACGUUUGCGGUAGUCGAUUUACAACAAAAGGAAAUUUAAAAGUGCAUUUUCAAAGACACAGUCAAAAAUUUCCUCAUAUCAAAAUGAAUCCCAACCCCGUUCCAGAACAUCUAGAUAAAUAUCAUCCACCUCUACUAGCACAACUAGGACAACAGUCGUCUUUGUCACCUGGUGGGCCACCACAUCCACCUCAUUUAGGCUUUCCUGCGGGCCCUCAUUUUCCCCCAUCGUCAAUGCCCUUGUUUAGGCCACAAGGUCCACCUCCACCUGACGUUUUAGGUAACCGAUUACAAUCUUCACCUCAUAGACUUUUAGAUCCACCAAGACUGUUUCCACCCCAUCCUCUUUUUUUAAAGCGCGAAGAACAAGAAAUUCCUGCAGAUUUAAGGAAGCCUCCGCGAUCUCCCUCUCCUUUCGAAGAAAAAAUGAAUUCCAUAGAAAUGGAGGAAAAAAGAGAACCUGAACAUGUCGAUGAAGCUAAACCAUUAGUUAGUACGCCUCACAUAACACCGAAACAAGAAACAAAUUUUACCGAUAACGAAAACGACAAUGAACAUGAAAGGUAUUCUCUUUCAUUAGCAUACGAUGAGUGUAGUAAUAGUACUAAAUAUUCCAACGAAGAUAUGUUAGAACAAAGAAGUAUUGGAGGGGAACCAAAUGAAAAUAUUCAAAACGAACCCGAAAAUUUAUCCACAAAUAAUUCGAUUACAGGUCCCUUAAGCAUAUCAACAAUUAGCCAAAGAUUACAACCAAAUUUUUCUUUCGGCCAUCAUACAAGCUCUCCUCCUAGUAGUACCUCUUCUGGAAGUUUGGGUCCAUUUCCAUGUAAUCCUCUAGAUAUUACAAAAGAUCCUUCACUUUAUACUAAUUUAUUGCCUAGACCAGGAAGCAAUGACAAUUCUUGGGAAAGUUUAAUCGAAGUGACGAAAACAUCUGAAACCAGCAAACUUCAACAAUUAGUAGACAAUAUUGAACAUAAAUUAUCGGAUCCAAACCAAUGUGUUAUAUGUCAUCGAGUGUUAUCCUGCAAGAGUGCUCUUCAAAUGCAUUACAGGACACAUACUGGUGAACGUCCUUUUAGAUGUAAGAUUUGUGGCCGAGCCUUCACCACGAAGGGAAAUUUAAAAACUCACAUGGGAGUUCACCGCGCGAAACCGCCAAUGAGGGUCCUCCAUCAAUGUCCUGUUUGUCACAAAAAGUUCACUAAUGCCUUAGUGCUUCAACAACAUAUCCGCCUACACACAGGUGAACCAACUGAUCUCACUCCGGAGCAAAUUCAAGCAGCCGAAAUCAAAGACUUUCCUUCACCCGGUGGGUUUCCCAAUCUACCAAAUUCCAUUCAUCCAUUCCUUAGCCAAGGCUUUCCGCCACCGGGUCUUUCGCCCUUGGGCCACUCUGGAAUUCCCUUAAACAUGAGAUGUGACAGGGAUAUCAAGUCAGAAAAUGACGGUAGUAUGGAUGACGAUGAUGAUGACGAUGAUGAUGGAAUGAGUUCAAUCGAAAAUCAACAUAUGCCACCUUUUUCCUCGUCGCCAUCCGAUGUUCAGAAUCCCGCUAUGCCUAUUAAUACGAUUGCGUCGCAAUUUGCCAGCAGUAUGCUGAGUUGUUCAGCGGAAGACUUGUGUUCAAAUCGAACGACUACGUUUACACCUCCACCAGUACAGAAUGGAGACAAGUCUCCUAGUCAAUCUGGAGUUACUAGUCCUGGGAGCGCUGAAUUGCGAUCGUCGCCUAAUCAUACUCCCGUCCAGAUUCCUCGACCUCCGUCAUCGCAACAAGCCAGCAGUCCAACUCCAUCAGACAACUCAAUGGGGGCUCUCGAUUUAACGCCCAGAAGCCAACCUCAGAUAACGAGUCCUGGACCUUCAACUCCUAGCAGUGCGCCGUCGAUUUUUCCUUCAUUUGGACUUCUACCUCCAGGAGGUCAGUCUCCACUGAUAUCAUCAGCUUUGUCCUCCCUCACAUCGUCAGUUCUGACAUCAACGUCAUUCAGUCCACUGAGGUUAGCUGUGGGCCCGAUUGGGACUUUAGGUCGUGGGAACACAACCUGUAACUUAUGCUUUAAGACCUUCGCCUGUAACUCAGCCCUCGAGAUCCACUAUCGAAGCCAUACCAAAGAACGACCCUUUAAGUGUACCGUCUGUGAAAGAGGAUUUUCCACUAAGGGCAAUAUGAAGCAGCACAUGCUCACCCACAAGAUCAGAGACAUGCCGCAGCACAUGUUCGAGAACAAGCCUCCAAACUUAAGCGGAGAUGAGUCUACUCCUCUUCCUCCGAGUAUGCCUAAGUUAGAAGCGCCAAGUGGGGACGUAGAGCGCGAGCCACAGCCUCAUCAGCAGCCUCUUCAGCAACCUCAUCUGCAGCCUCAUCAGCAGCAGCCUCAUCAGCAACCUUUGGCUGCGCAACCUCCUCCGAAUCUUCAACCUCCGCAGGUGCCGUCGCUGCCUGAGAAACAUGAAGUGGAGUCGCAACAAAUCAAAAGAGAACCUACUGAGACUGAAUUACCCUUACCGAAACGUCCUCCUAGCUUACAAUCAAGUAAGCAUUUGUGCCACGUAUGCAAUAAGAACUUCUCGUCCAGUUCCGCCCUUCAGAUCCACAUGAGGACCCACACUGGGGAUAAGCCCUUUAGAUGUACCGUAUGCCAGAAGGCCUUCACCACCAAGGGCAAUCUAAAGGUUCACAUGGGCACGCAUAUGUGGAGCAACGGGGCAUCUCGAAGAGGUCGGCGCAUGUCUCUCGAUCUACCCCCCAUACCCAUGACCCCCAAGGAUUCCGAAUUUCUGCAGCGGAGGCCAGACCUCUUCUACCCGUACCUACCGGCUCCAUUCCUUAACGGAAUGCAACAAAAGCUAAACGAAAUAACAAUGGUCCAAAACAACCACAACGGACUAUCAGGAGCCGGAAAGUACAGCGGCCUACUCGGUUUCGGUUACCCGCCACCCGAAGCUAUACGAUCUCAGGCGAGUUCACCCGAACGCACCGAGAGGCCGCCGAGCCACGAACCCGACACUAGAGGGCUCUGGGACCUCCACUUCGAACGGAAAAAUGCCGUGGAUGCGCCCAGAGAAGACCUUCUGCCGCCGACGACGGCCAACAGAGAGGGUCUGGCCGCCUGA